UUGUAAGUAGUUAAUGAUUAAGAUAUUUAGGCUAAUCAUAAAAUAAACAGGGUAAAGGUUGGUGUCUAUGCACAUUUAACAAAGAACAACACUUGCACAUCUUCAACAGAGACUUUGCUGAAGGUGGUUACGAUUGGGAAGAAGUGUCAUGGCGCGAUGUGUCCUGCGUGUGUUGUGGUGUUGCUUUUCCUUUGUAUUGAUUUACACCAGCGUACACGGAGAUCCACAACAACAUUCCGACUCUGAUGAUCUUGAAAACCACAUGAAAGCACUGAGCGAGAUGAACAAUGAUUUUGCUUUCCGUCUGUACAAAAGCAUUGUGUCUGGUGCUCAGUCCCAGAACGUGUUCUUCUCUCCACUGAGCGUGUCCACGGCUCUGGCUGCAGUGUCUUUAGGAGCAGGUGGUGAGACUCAUCAACAGCUUCUCACUGGCCUUGGAUUCAACAGCUCUCUAUUCACCAGUGAAGAAAUGCACCAAGCCUUCCUCGAUCUCCUCCAAAACCUCAAUCAGAGAACAGGGGUAGAUCUGAACGUCGGCAGUGCCGUCUACUUUAACAACACCUUUAAACCACGUACGGAAUUUCUGGAGGAUCUUAAGCGUUUCUAUCUUUCCGAAGGCUUCUCCGUCGAUUUUAAGAAGACUUCAGAGACCUCAGAUCAAAUCAAUAACUAUGUGAGUGAAAAGACACAUGGUAAAAUCAGGAAGUUUAUUGAAAACUUGGAUGCACGUACCAUCAUGUAUCUGCUCAGCUAUAUAUAUUUUAAAGGUAAAUGGACAAUCCCAUUUGAACCUAAACACACUCGAGCAGAUCAAUUCCAUGUGGAUGAAGGAAUAACCGUUCCAAUUCAAAUGAUGUAUGUGAGGGAUGACUUUUACAGCUACUAUGAUCAACAACUGUCUGUCACAGUCCUUCACUUGAACUACAAAGAUUCCUUCUCCAUGAUACUGGCUCUGCCUGUCAAUAAUAUUACAAUUUUGGAAGAGGUUUUACGUCCACACCACAUAACCAGAUGGCAAAAGUGGAUGUCAAAACGUGGGUAUGGCAUCUUCCUCCCUAAACUGUCCCUAAAAACCUCAUAUUCUCUGAACAGCAUUCUGUCUGAAAUGGGAUUUAUGGAUAUGUUUACAGCUAAAGCUAACUUCUCUAGGAUUUCUGAUGAAAACCUGUUAGUUUCUGAGGCUGUACAUAAAGCCACUCUAGAUGUGGAUGAAGCUGGAGCCACAGCAACAGCAGUGACUGGAAUUGGCUUCAUGCCUCUUUCUGGGCGCUUCUUUAAAACAAUUAAAUUUGAUAGGCCAUUUAUGACCUUCAUAGUUGACCAAAAAACAAACAACAUCCUCUUUAUGGGGAAAAUUGUAAAUCCUGCAAAUUCUGAUGUCCAUCAGUAAUAAACAAAAAGAUAAAUGUGUCUUGUCUUAUGUCGCAUACAGGACUGAAGUGAUGGAGGGUAGAGAUGUGAUGGUACGGGCUGGUGUGUUUUGGGAUGGGAGUCUGACUGCAAAACUAAAUAAAGAAAUAAAGAAAUGAA